GAAGCUCUGCUCUAAGAUUCUAUGCAUCCAAUAGAUCAACAAUAUGGGUUUAUCGCUUUUCCCGUUCAUGUUAAUGCGUUUGCUUUUAUUUUUCUCGCUGGUGCAUGUACUUAUGCUCGCUUAUGCUUCUUCUUUCACGGAAAUCCUUUGCCGGGAUGAUGAGAGCGCAGCUUUGCUGCAAUUCAAGGAAAGCUUUGUCAUCAUUAAUCAAUCCAAAUCUCACGAUCCUUCUGCUUAUCCAAAGGUCUCCUCUUGGACGCUGGAAGGAGACAAUCGUGAUUGCUGCUUAUGGGAUGGAGUUGAGUGCGAUGAAGACACAGGUCAUGUCAUUGGCCUCGACCUCAGUAGCGGUCGUCUCUAUGGUUCUCUUGUUCCCAACAGCAGCCUUUUCCGCCUUGUUCACCUUCAAAGCCUUAAUCUCGCCUACAAUCACUUUAACUACUCCCAAAUCCCGUCCCAGGUAAGUAAUCUUUCAAGACUCGCGUAUCUCAAUCUCUCUGCUUCUAUGUUUUCGGGUCAAAUUCCAUCACAAAUUUCACAAUUAUCACACUUGUCAUCCCUUGAUCUGUCCGACAACUAUGAUAUCUAUUCUGGAAAACAGUUUUUGAAACUCGAGUCUGGCAUAAUAAGCCUAGUUGGAAAUUUGACUCGCCUACAAAGGCUUCAUUUAAACUAUGUGAACAUAAGCUCUGUGGUGCCUCGUAUCUUGGCAAGUUUGUCAUCUUUAACGUCCAUCCAUCUUCAAUAUUGUGGAUUGCAAGGAAAUUUUCCAGUAGGCAUAUUUAACCUACCAAAUUUGAAGGUUCUUGAUGUGGCUUACAAUGAAGGUCUCACUGGUUAUUUGUCUGAGUUCACAUGGAGUAGCCCCCUUGAGGUAUUGAACCUCGCAUACACAAGUUUUUCAGGUGAGAUACCCACUUCAAUAGGAAACCUGGGCUCCCUGAAAAAGUUGGAUUUGUGGAGUUGCAAAUUUUCGGGGUCCAUUCCCUCUUCACUUGAUAACCUCACAAGCCUCAUUUAUCUUGAGAUUUCAAAUAAUUCUUUCGUGGGUAAGAUCCCAUCAUCGAUUGGAAAUCUAACACAACUCACUUACCUUUCUCUACGCUAUAACCUACUUGACGGAGAAAUUCCUUUCCCUCUAAUGAAUCUCACAAAGUUAACUUCAUUAGAACUCGGGAACAACAACCUUAAAGGUCGAAUUCCAGAUUCAAUCUUUAAUCUCAAGAAUCUUAAAUACCUUGAUCUUGCUAGUAACACCUUUAGUGGCAGUGUGGAGUUUGGAAAGUUUGUUAAGCUCAAAUAUUUAACUAUUUUGAUUCUUUCGAAUAAUCAAGUAUCCGUACUUAUCGAAGAUGCCAGUGCCAAUGCGAGUCUGCCAAAGUUUCAGUUUUUGGGAUUAUGUUCGUGCAACUUGAACAAGUUUCCAGAUUUCGUAAAAAAUCAAGAUCGAUUAGUGUGUUUAGAUCUGUCCAACAACAAAAUCCAUGGCAUGGUACCGGAAUGGAUCUGGGACACGAGCAAAUUGAGUCUUGAGUUUCUUUGCCUUUCGAAAAACUUUAUAACAAGCUUGGGUCAACAUCCAAGGCCUCUUCCAUGGACUCGUCUUCUUGGUUUGGACCUCAGGUCUAAUUUGCUUCAAGGGUCGCUUCCCAUUCCACCAGCCACCAUUUCUCAUUAUUAUAUUUCAAAGAACUCCCUGACUGGAAAUAUGUCGGAAUUGAUUUGCAGUCUCACUUCUAUUCAAGUCCUUGAUUUGGCAAAUAACAACUUGAGUGGUACACUUCCUAGAUGUAUGCAAAACUUUGGUGCUUCUCUCUCAGUGAUUGACCUGCAAAGGAACAAAUUUCGAGGAAGCAUUCCACAAACAUGGACACAAGGAACCAAGUUAAGGAUAAUCAAUUUCGGACAGAACAGAUUCCAAGGACCUUUACCAAGAUCUUUGGCCAAGUGUAUGAUGUUGGAGGUUGCUGACUUCAGUAACAACAAAUUGCAUGAUAUAUUUCCCUCUUGGUUGGAAAAUCUUCCAAAUCUAAAGGUUCUCAAUUUGCGCUCAAACAACUUCCACGGUCAGAUAGGAGCAUCGAAAGCCGGCUAUAAGUUUCCCAACUUGCAAGUCAUUGACCUUUCCCACAAUGGUUUUACUGGGAAACUGCCAUUAGAAAUUUUUGGAAAUUGGAAGCCUGGCGAAGUUGCUAAUUCAGAUAUUUUGUCAUAUAUCCAAGUAAACUCAUCUAUCGUACAACAAAGAUAUUUGUGUAAUUCUUGGCUCUAUGAUUAUAAUUACACCAUGACAAUGACAAAUAAGGGAAUCGCUAUCUUUUACAAGAAGGUCCAAGAAUUAUUGAAAGCCAUUGAUAUCUCGAGUAACAGAUUUGGUGGAGAAAUUCCAGAAUCCAUUGGAAAUUUAAGGGGGCUUCAUUUGCUCAAUCUUUCUAAUAAUGUUCUCACAAGCCACAUCCCACCAUCCUUAGCAAAUCUUACAGAGCUGGAAUCAUUAGACCUUUCUAAAAACAACUUGUCUGGGGAGAUCCCACAGCAACUAACACAACUCACCUUCUUGGGAUUUUUCAAUGUGUAAAGGCAAAAAUUGGCUAGGAUUAGAUGAGUAAAUGAUAAGAUUUAUCUUAUCAUUAUUUGAUUAAAUUUGGAUGAAUGUAAAAUAAGUAUUGAUUUGUAUCUAAACAAUAUUGAGUC